CCACACUGAAAUCUGUGCAGAAUCCAUCUCGUAUCGCAGACAGGGCUGACUGUACAGGUCAAUGAGCCAGAGAGGGUAACCUGGUCCCCCGUGCUCGGAGACACAGGGGAAGGGCCUCCUGUCUGAGGGAGCUGUGUUGGAGGGGAGGCUGUAGCACACCCCCCUGUAUCCCCGGCUGCCGCAGAGCGGAGGGGGCGGAGGACACAGGCUGAUUCUGGGAGAGGACAAGAUGGCUCGGCCCAGGCCCCGGGACUACAAGGCAGGAGAGCUGGUGUUCGCCAAGAUGAAAGGCUAUCCGCACUGGCCAGCCAGGAUUGAUGAACUACCAGAAGGUGCCGUGAAGCCCCCAGCUAACAAGUUCCCAAUCUUCUUUUUUGGUACUCAUGAGACUGCAUUUUUAGGUCCAAAGGAUCUUUUUCCAUAUAAGGAAUAUAAAGAAAAGUUUGGGAAAUCAAACAAGCGGAAGGGAUUCAAUGAAGGCUUAUGGGAAAUAGAAAACAAUCCUGGUGUCAAAUUUACUGGAUACCAGGCAAUUCAGCAGCAAAGCUCUUCGGAAACCGAGGGAGAAGGUGGUAAUGCAGCUGACGGCAGCAGUGAAGAAGAGGGAGAAAGAGUAGAAGAAGAUGGCAAGGGGAAACGAAAGAAUGAGAAAGCGGGUUCUAAGCGGAAGAAAUCCUACGCUUCAAAGAAACCGUCCAAGCAGUCUCGGAAAGCUUCGGGAGAUGAAGGGGAGAAAGAUAACAAAGACGAAGGGAAUAAGAGUGGUUCGGAGGCUGGUGACGCAGACAACGACAUAAGAAAUGCUUCAGAAGUGCAGAAAAGCAAUGCAGGGAACGUUUAUUCAAGAGGUGGGGCCCGUAAGAAAUGCACAGAUCCUAAAGAAAAAUUAUAAAUCUUAGUGGCACACAGGCAAGAUUUGACUUAACCAAGUACUGCAUACUGUGGGAAGAGGUCCAUAAUUCGCUGUGUAGUAUUCUUGGAUUUGAUAUAAUUCAACGCAUUUCAUUGUUACUACCUAGCAAUUUGUCAGUUUGUAUUCAUAUGAUCAUGUUCCUAUCUGUUGUAUUUGCUGGCCUUUCAUUUUACAUUGUUCCGUUGCAUGAUACUUCCCUACUAACAGUCUAAAACAACGAUACAUGUUUACAGCCUUCAACAUGUACAUAUUUUUCCUCCAAACCUCCAAGAACAUUCACUCCUGGACUUAUAAAAUCUAUUUUCAUAGAAGGCAGUGUGGAACUCGUUCUCUGCGGCACGCCGCCGACAAUGAAAGGGUUAAACUGCAGGAUCACAGCGAGACAACUGUCCACUCCACAUUCCUUCCCUGUAUGAACUGUGUUUAUAUAAUUCAAUUGUGGUUUGGUUAUAAAACUUAUUACAAUGUAAAGAAUAGAACUUUUUCAUCAGAAUUGAGAACACAAAACUUCAUUUGAACACUUGGUUGUAGGUUAAAAUGUCCUUAAUUCUUGGCUGUGUCAGUCCAUUUCUUCUUGUUAAUCUCCUUACGAUCUCCUUUUGGAGUUUGCAAUGGUUUACAGGUACUGUUAAACCUGUUUCUUAAGGAUUUCCCUGGCACGUAAUGGUGUACGUUUUUCUUUAGAACGUUGUGCUUCAGGAAAGUUAGGUAUCCUGUGCUAAUCACUGCUUAAAUCAAAGUAUAAGUUAUCACUCCAAAUUAUAUGGCAGCUAAACUGCAAAGAAGAUAGAAAGCCUGGUUUUAAUUGUAUGUGAACAAUAGGACUUAGAAAUAAACAACCAAAAUAAAUAACUAUCAACAGAAAUGUUAAAUAAGGGGAACUCAAAAAAGGGAAUUUGAUAUGUUAAUGGAAAAUGUAAGAAUAUAAAAAGGUGGUUGUUCUUGUUUUAUUGAUUAUAAAGCGAUUAUAGCGUACAAAGCAUGUCUUUAUAUCUGUAUUUAAAUAUAUUAACAUCUGAUAGGAAUUUUGAAAGCCGAGGAGAGUGCACUAAAGUAGCAGAAAGUGGGCAAAGAGUUACAAAUCUGAAUAAAAUCUACAUAGAUUGGUUUCUGGCAGUGCAGCAUUAAAUAAACCAAAAAUAACUCUCCAAAUACAUAUUUUUUAAAGGAGGAAUUAAUCAAACAUAUUAAUCCGCUUGCAGGAAUGGAGCUUAAAUAUUAAUUUGGUGGAGAUAUAUACAGUCAGCUGUAUAAGACAUAUAGUUGUGAAUUAACUAGGUCUGAAAGACUAAUUAGUUUUGGGCAGUAGCGUCUCCAUCUGUCACUGGAAGGACUUUUUUUUUUAUUCAAUUGAGUCUCUUCUUGUCUAUACUAGACCAGCAAGAGACUCAUUUCAAUACAAAAUUCAGUGCUGUGCCAAACAAAAAAUAACAAAGCAAACUGACAUCAUAAAGGUCCACUUUAUGCUAUAUUGUCACCAUAUUUAGUGCAUUGCUCCCAAAUAAAUGCCUGCCAAGCCACUUCCUCAGGUAGUGAACUGUAACAUUUUUUUUAUACAUGUUGCAGGACUCUUCACCUGUCGAUGAAGUGAUAAGGCUUAAAACAGAUGUAGAUUAAUAAAUAAGCAUUCCAUUUUUUCCUGUGAACAGUACUAUUAGCUAUUGUGAAUAUAGAUUUAUUUAUUUUUAUGCAAGCUUUUUUAGUGAAUACAUUUAUUUUCUCUAUUUCUAUUAUUUUUGCUCAGUGUACUUUUAAGCAUUUUUUGCAGUGUUUGUAUUUGAAACCUGUAGAGUGUAAAGUCGUAUUUUGCUGUUUUUACUAAAUGGAUUAUUUGAAUGUGUAGCAGGAAGUAGGGGGGGGGGGGGGGGGAAUUUAUUUCACUCAACAAAGCAAGGUAUAAAAAUUAGUUGGUUCCCCUGGCUAAUCCAUGCUUGUGCAAAUAGUCAUUUUCUCCUUUUUAUUAAAAAGUAUGUGCACACAUGCCUAAUGGCAUGUAUUGUGCAUGCCCAUAUAGAAUGUAUCCAUGUAUUGAAUCACAUGCACGAGGUCUGUCCGGAAAAAAAGUCCAGCUAUUGUUACUAUAAUGAGAACGGACGGUUUGCGCGCCAUCGAUGUAACCAGGCAGCCAAGGAGAGUGGACUGGAAUGCGCAUGCGUGAACAAUGACGAUUUCACUGUACUAGUCAGUGUGGGCAUGCGUACUGUGGGGCCAUCGAAUUCAAAAUGACUGAGUAGAGCAACAAAUCUGCAAUCCACAGAAACUAUUCGGAUGAUUCAGAUGGCUUUCCAAGGAGAUGUAAUGAGUGCAGCGCGAAUAAAAGUGUGGCAAAAAUGCUUCAAAGAUGGUCGAGAAUCUGUUGAACGAUUUGGAGCCCUGCGACUUCUGGCUUUUCCCAAAACUAAAAUCACCUUUGAAAAUGAAGAGAUCUCAGACCGUCGAUGAGAUUCAGGUAAAUACGAUGAGGCAGCUGAUGGUGAUUCCAACAAAGGAUGUUGCAGAGUGUUUUGAACAGUGGAAAAGACACUGGGAGAACUGUGUGAGGUUCCAAGGUGCCUACUUUGAAGGGGACUGAGGUGUCAUUAUAUGUCUUGUAUCUUUUUCAAUAAAUGUGUCUAUUUUUCAUAUUACUUGGCUGGAUACCUUCUGGACAGACCUCGCAUGUAUGCCUGAUGCACAGUUACUGUUACUUGGUAUUGUAGAUGUUUGUGAAUCACAUUUCCCAGGAAGCUCUGCCAGCCCUUAGCACCAUGGGAGAUAUACUUUUAAACAACUGCAGUGCCAAUUUUAGUCAUUAUUGUGCCAGCACAGGCGUGUUUGUGUAAAAAAGGGAAAAUGUACAUUUUGUGAGAAAAUAUCUUUAGCCAUUUUACAAAACAGCAGAUAUUGUCUGCUUUUUUUCUCUCACCAGUUUUAAUGACAAGCUAGGAAAACUGUCCACUGGUUUGCAAGUUUUCCCACGAACAAAAAUGGUCAUAUUUGAUUUCACUUAUAAUGUAUGUAACGCAAAUAUUAAAGCAAAAAGUUCUGUAAACGUUAGACUUGGUAAUAAUUACAAUCAGUAUUUGUAGUGAUGGCAUUUUAUUCUGUGGAUACAUUGUGGAAAGAUGAGAUUCAUUUUCUCUGUCCUGAAAGGGCCAUGUUAUAGUUCAAUAAUAAAGACACCACAUACAUUACUAA